UCCAGUGAGGGGUGCGAAUAACUGGGAACAGGUGCACCUUCCCUCGCGGACUGGGAGGUCACCCUGUUCAGUUCCAGAAGCGUUAGAAGAACCAAGGUCUUCUACCCUAGGGCCCAGUAACCUUCCCCGGAGUGCUUCUUUCCAUAUCCAGGCCACCAGACCAGCUGAAGGAAGCGUGGCCCAGCAUAGGACACAGUGGAGCUUAGAGUUAGGGCGUGAAGCCAGACCAUCCAGCUUAGAAACCCGGCUUUGCCACCGGCUGGCUGUGUGGCCUGGGGCGAGCGACUUAACCUCUCUGGGCCUCAGUUUCCUGACUUGUCAACUGCUGCUCAUACUCUCUACUUCCCAGGACCGUUGUGAGAUUUCCGUCAGUUGGCUUGGCCUGCGUGGAAUGUUUAGAAUGGUACCUAGCAUGUAGUAAGUGCUCCAUAAACAUCAGCUACCAUUAGCCCAGUAGGAGAAAUAAUGUGUGUUCGAGAUCAGCAAAGACAACGUGUGGACAGAGUGACUUUUGACGAGGUGGAGAAGAUGGAACAAGAGCUGAGAGGAAGGAGAGAGCUUUCCCUCCAGGAGAAAUCAGGGGAGGCUUCUCGGGAGAGGCGGCACUCGAUCUGGGCCGAGCCGGUUCUGUCCCGAAUCCAGGAGAACCGGAAGCGAGUGAUCCUCCCGUCCAUCGACAACAUCAAACAGGACACCUUCGAGGUGCAGCGCUAUGAGAACUCGGCCCACGGCUACAGCUGGGAGCUGUGGUGCAUGUACAUCAGCCCCCCGAAAGACUGGUGGGACGCCGGAGACCCCUCUCUCCCCAUCAGGACACCAGCCAUGAUUGGCUGCUCCUUCGUGGUCAACAGGAAGUUCUUUGGUGAAAUCGGUCUCCUUGACCCUGGCAUGGAUGUGUAUGGAGGAGAAAAUAUCGAACUUGGAAUCAAGGUAUGGCUCUGUGGGGGCAGCAUGGAGGUCCUGCCUUGCUCACGGGUGGCCCACAUUGAGCGGAAGAAGAAACCCUACAACAGCAACAUCGGUUUCUACACCAAGAGGAAUGCUCUCCGGGUUGCUGAGGUCUGGAUGGAUGAUUACAAGUCUCACGUGUACAUAGCGUGGAAUCUGCCACUGGAGAAUCCAGGAAUUGACAUCGGUGAUGUCUCCGAAAGAAGAGCCUUGAGGAAAAGUUUAAAGUGUAAGAAUUUCCAGUGGUACCUGGACCACGUUUACCCAGAAAUGAGAAGAUACAAUAACACCAUUGCAUAUGGGGAGCUUCGAAACAACAAGGCUAAAGACGUCUGCUUGGACCAGGGGCCACUGGAGAACCACACAGCAAUACUGUACCCAUGCCAUGGCUGGGGACCCCAGCUUGCUCGCUACACCAAGGAGGGCUUCCUGCACUUGGGAGCCCUGGGGACCACCACGCUCCUCCCUGACACCCGCUGCCUGGUGGACAACUCCAAGAGUCGGCUGCCCCAGCUCCUCGACUGUGACAAAGUCAAGAGCAGCCUGUACAAGCGCUGGAAUUUCAUCCAGAACGGAGCCAUCAUGAAUAAGGGCACGGGGCGCUGCCUCGAGGUGGAGAACCGGGGCCUGGCUGGCAUCGACCUCAUCCUCCGCAGCUGCACGGGACAGAGGUGGACGAUUAAGAACUCGAUCAAGUAGCAGGGAGGAGCAGGGGCCCCCGGAGCCUGGCCCCCGGGACAAGGUCUGCCCGUCUUCUGGGCCAGCCGCACUGGUGAAGAGACAGCGAGGAGCCAGCCGGGGCGCAGCAGCCCUUCCGGGGCUUCUCCAGGGGCCCCGGAUGGAGACUUGGUGUCCCCAGUGGGCGCUCAGCUGCCGUGAGGCUCGUGCCCCCUGGAAAAGCCCCCCGACCCUUCUCUGGGAACCCGGGAGCCGUGUCUUCUGCAGCCUGGAUGUGGACCUCGUACCAUGGAGUGAACCCCCCACGUCCUCCUCGUCGUCUUUGCAGCCACAAUCAGGACUGGGACCGGCAGGGGCCCCUCCUCGUCCUCGUCUCUUGCCGCUGCAGCAGCUCCUGAGUGCCACCCCGACCCUCGGCAAGGUGGGGGGUGGCGCUCAGUCACGUCCUAUCUGCCCCUCCUCAGAGGAGGCAGUCAGGCCCUGGGACUCUGUUUCCCUGGAGGUUGCUUCUGCCCCGAUGCCCAUUUGCAGCCCGAGGCAGCCUCCACCCCAACCCUUAGCGGCAGACGGCUUUGGCGGCUACGGCCCUGGACUUUUCUGGACCCUCCCUGAGAUGGCCUGGAAGGAAUGAAUGCUUCCAUGGUUACCAGGGCGCUAGGCUCUCGCGUUCCGGGGCCAGCUGCUCUGCCCGUGUCCGCAGGGAGCCAGACACAGAAAGAGGCUGAGCACGUAGGGAGGUCAUGGCUGUGAGGGGCCCUCCGGGCUGGAGCCGGGCCAGUGCGGCUCUGCCCUCCGGGAGACCAGGGGGCCCUGACUCAUGACCAGGGAGGCCGCCAUGGGAGCCUCCACCUGGAGCUUUAGGACUGAGGCCAGCACAGCACGGGGGUCGGGGCGGGGUGAGGGCAGGACCCUGGAAAAUGCUCCGGGUUCAUCUCAUCUCACCCCAUGCUCUGCUGGCUGACAGGGGAGAAGGCAGUCGAUUCCUCUCUGCAGAGUAAUAAUUGUUUUCGAUUGCCCUCUGGUUAGGGUGCACUUGUAAAUCAGAGUUAAUAUAUGGACGCGUGUGCAUGCCUACGAGUGUGUGUGCCUGCGUGGUGUGCGUGUGCGCGUGCAUGUGUGUGUCUGGGCGUGCGCCUCCGAGUGUGUGAUAGAGCGGGUGUCAGAGUGUGGCCUCGGGCUUGCCCCUUCGUCGCUCACCUGGAUCAGGGCGAGGCUGCCAGAAGCAUGGGGGGUUGGCCACGCAUCUGUGGCCAGGAGGACGCGGCCCAGCCUGGCCCCAUGUGGCGCCCCAGAUGGAAGGCUGUCCCUUCUCCCGGGUCCCUCUCUGUCCCUCAUGCUGUCCCCAAGGGCCAAGCCCUGCCCAGAACCAAAUCCUGUAGUUGCCCAGUUUGGGGUUCACAGUGUCUCCUUUGGUGGCAUCUUAUUGGUGAUCCCCCUCCCCCAAUUCCUCCCUUGUGAAAUAAAUACAUGUGAGCACUU